CAUGACGUCAGGUAACCCUGGAAACAGACGUCGCCUGCUCUAUCGAGGAGCUAGCUGCUAGUAGUUAGGUAACGUUUACAGCAUAGCUGAGUUUAAUAAUAAUGUAAGAGGCAUAAAAAUGACUCAACAUGUAGUUUUAAUGUUGACGUGAUGUCAAGAAAUAUGAACUAAAUCUUUAUUAUAAAAGUGGCGAAGAGAGCAGAGCUGCUAACGCUAGCAGGUGUUUGAGAGAAACCCGUCACCUUCCAGAAACGUGUCCAGGACAGUCCAGCUUGGAAAUUUGAGGCUCCGCAGAGAGCAGGACCUGGUAAACCUUUGUUAGAUUUUCUUCAAUUCACUUUAAGUUGGUGGAGCUGAUGGAGGAAGAAGAGGCUGUGAUGUCAGAGCUGAGGAGGCAGCUGGAGGAUGAAGGUCUGAGCCCAGAGGAGCAGAUGGUCCUCCUGAACGAAGCCCUAAACAAGGUUCUGAACUCUGCUGCGGUGCAGACAGACAGCAGAGCGCUGACUCGGGUCAAGACUCAGUUCUACCACAGUGGGGUUCUGAGUCACUGUGUCCGGGUUCUGUCUCUGAGCCCCAGCAGGCUGAGGGGGAACUGGACCUCUGCUGCCACACUAGCCCACCUGACCAGCUCCUGCUGCGUGGGGGCGGAGCCAGGCAGCCGCUCCGAGGCUUUUCAUAGGCUGUUCCUGCCGUCAGUGGUGGACGUUCUGCUGUCAUUGGCCGCUCAGCUGAUGAGCCGUUCAGAGGCUCCGCCCCUCCACAAGACGGUGAUGGACGCCGUGGGCUGGCUGCUCUCUGCUCACCCCCACCUCACGGCUCAGGUGCUAAGCUCUGCCCACUACGAGCAGAUCCAGAUGAGUGAUGAUGUCACCGUGUCACUGCUCUGCAUCCAGAUGUGGAUUCAAACCUGUACAGUCAACAGAGACUUCCUGUCCCAGCUGAGCGACGAAUCGGCUCUGCUGCUGCUCAACGAUGCCGUCGCCCAAUUGGCUCUCAGCUCGGACGCCGCUGUGGGCGGAGCCUCCGUCAGGCUGAUGCUCCUGAUGGCCAAUCAGCUGGGUCUCCGCCUGCGCUCUCUCCUGUUCAACUUUAAAGGUCUGGACAGCCUGCUGGAGAAAGACUGGAGGGGGCGGGGCUUCGAACAGGAAGUGGAUCAGCUGAUCGCAGUGAUCCGACAGGAAGAAACCGCCAGCCGUCAGUCAGAGGAGAGCAGUGAGCGCGUGCGGGCAGCGUGUGUGAUCCAGGCGGCGUGGCGUUCGGUUCUGACCCGGCGCAGAGUGAAGAGCCUCAGCAGAGCCGUGAGCACGCUGCAGCGGAGAUACAGGGCGCGGCGCAGGCGUCUGCAGCAGCAGGAAGCGGCGCAGCAGUGGGAGGAGCAGCUACGCUACCAGGUGUGUGUGCGGCGGCAGCAGGCGAGGCGGCGUCUGCAUCAGAAGCAGAGGGAGCUGCUCCAGCUGCUUCCUGCUGACCAGGUACGUCCGUACCUGGAGGAGUGCGAGCGCCGAGCCGCCGUGGUGAUCCAGAGCGCAUGGAGAGGCUUCAGAGACAGACGUCUCUACGGCGACGCUCUGAGGGACGCGGCGAGGCGGCAGCGUGCCGCCAGGACGCUGCAGCGCGCCGGGCGUCGGCUUCUGGAGAAACGACCCGUAGCUCAGACUCCACCCCAAACACCACUCUGGAUUGGUCAGGAGGGUUUGACGGACAGCCGGCGGGUGGAGCUAAAGCAGCAGGUGGAGGAGUACAUCCAGACACACAGGUCGACACGCGUGUCUGUGGAGGCGUGUGCUGCGCUGCAUGAGGAAGUGCAGCAGCUGCUGCAGGUGGAGCUGCAGGGUGGAGCUCAGCGCAGGAGGGAGGAGCAGCAGGUGGAGGCUCUGCUGGCGCAAACACACACACACCUGGAGCUGCUACGAGAUGCCCCGCCCCUUUCGGUUGUCACGGCGGCACAGGCGGAGUCCUUCCUGAGCCCGUCGGCGUCCAUCGCGGCUCGUGGGCGCAACGCCCACAAUGCUAUGCUGCAGGCGAGCCGGCUGCCCUGGUGGCGGACACUGGGAGACACGAACACGGGGGCGGAGUCUGGCCCCGCCUACCUGCCGGACCUGGAGGCGGAGCUUGGAGGACUGUUCAUCGGAGGGCUGAUGGUGGACGGAGUGUCGCUGUAGCAGCAGGAUGUGAAACAUGAAGUUUGUUUUUAUCUCUAAUAAAACAUGUAAGUUUAUCA